CGCGUUUCGGGUGGUUCGAGAAGAUUCGUGACACUCGUCAGUCGGAAAAGAGCUAGAGAAAACGCGAAAAGGAAUCCCUCCAUCGAAGAAAGACAAAUACACACAAUUCCAUUGAACGAGAAGAUACACGAACAGUCGAACAAGAAGGCGAUUCUUCUCUGUACGGAAAGAGCUUUGAUUUCAAUCAGGACUUCGGCUUCUGAGUCGUCGUCGUCGUCGUCGUCGUCGCUAAUAGAUCGUGUUGUUUCUGAGAAAAAGAUGGCAGUUUAUGAUCUUAGUGGAGACAUCAAUAGUACUCAACUCGAUACAUCGAGGAAAAGGAAAUCGAGAAGUAGGCGUGAUGGUACCACUGUGGCUGAGAGGCUUAAGAUAUGGAAAGAGUACAAUGAGACUGUAGAAGAAGUUUCCACCAAGAAACGGAAAGUACCUGCAAAAGGGUCGAAGAAAGGUUGUAUGAAAGGCAAAGGAGGACCAGAGAAUGGUCGAUGUAGUUUCAGAGGAGUCAGGCAGAGGAUUUGGGGCAAAUGGGUCGCUGAGAUUAGGGAGCCGAAUCGAGGGAGUAGGCUUUGGCUUGGCACUUUCCCGACAGCUGAAGAAGCUGCAUCUGCCUACGACGAGGCAGCUAGAGCUAUGUACGGUCCGUUGGCCCGUCUCAAUUUCCCUCAGUCCGCUGCGUCUGAGGUCACGAGCACCUCGAGUAUGUCCGAGGUGUGCACGGUUGAGACUCCAAGGGGUGUUCAUGUGAAAACAGAGGAUGCAGAUUGCGAAUCGAGACCGGUCUUCGGUGAAGCUAGGCCGGUGUAUGGUAUGGAGAACGGUGCCCAUGCGGGUGCAGAAGAGAUGAGGAAGGACGUUAAGGAGGAUUCUGAUGUAGGUGUAGAGAAUAAGGAUUGGUUAAGCGAGUUCGAAGAGAAGUAUUGGGACGGACUUAUGCAAGAGAAAGAGAAACAGAAGGAGCAGGGGAUUGCAGGAACCUGUCAGCAACAGCCGUCGGAGUCGCUCUCUGUUUCAGAUUAUGGCUGGCCCGUCGAUCUGGAACAGAGUCACUGGGAUUCUUCAGAGAUGUUUGAUGUCGCUGAGCUUCUAGGUGACUUAAAUGGCGACAUUUUUACAGGAUUGGACAAAUACCAAUACCCUGGGAACAACGGUGGCUGUGGAUUACCUGAACCCGAGAAGCAGCAGCAAACUGGGAAUCAUCCGGGGCAAAACCUUGACUCUGAUCAUUACGGACUGCCCCCGCUUCAGCACGAGGCACAGGAUGGUAACGAGUUCUUCGAUCUCACCUUCUUAGACGUGGAGAAGUGAGACAAUGGGAUGCAACUGGAUAUUUUUGGAUUUGUUAUUUGCCUUAAUCCAAUCAUGUCUGUUGAGACUCUUUUCAGGUUUUAGUGAGAUAAGAGUAAUCAGAAGACUGAUUAAACAUAUAGAAAACUGUACAUAUGUCAUACUGUCUUGUACUGUAGUAAGUAAUACUAAUAACAGAAGAGAGAAUUUAAUUUAUUUUUUAGGCACUUGUUUUAGAAAACUUGAAAGUAGUAUUGUACUCAACAACUACAAAAAUAGUAUUAUUGUGUUAUUUUGCACUUUGUCAUGAUAUGCCGGUUACUAUUUGUCUUCGUAAGAAUGUUCAACUCAUCAGAUUUAUGUCAAGUUGUUAAAGUUGUCGAGUAUUAUGUUCAUGAACUGGGUUG